UCUCUAGUCGCAUGUCCCUUUGUGCGCCAGUGAGUGAUUUAAUAAACAGUAAUUAAAUAAACUGCAUCCAGCAAUAUUUACUUAGCUAUUGACAAUUGAGUUCAAUAGCUAUAGGAAGAGAGUGCUCAAAGAACUAUUGUGUUAAGUGUUAAGACUGUUUACAUACAAGUGUUGCAUAGCCGGCUCCUAGUUGACCUGAAACUGUAAGCUCGGGUCGACUUUGAUUUCAUAUAAUAUAUCAGCUGGGCUAUAUUUACGUAAUCAUGAGGGACGAGCGAGCAAGUCCUCCGCGCGUGCGCAUCGCCGUCAUUGGCAGCUCCCGUGUUGGCAAGUCUGCUCUUAUCGUGCGUUAUCUAACAAGAAGAUACAUCGGGGAAUAUCAUUCAAAUACAGAUCUUCUGUACAGACAAACAGUGCCAAUAAAUGGAACUCCAGUUGAAUUGGAAGUCAUAGAUGUAUCUGGUUCCAACGUUGACAAAUUUCCAGCUGAACAGAUUCAAUGGGCUGACGCCUGUCUUCUAGUUUACUCCGUGACAGAUAGGAGCAGUUUUGAAUACGCUACAGAGAUAUUAAAUACAUUGAAAAGAACUCCUGUACAUGGAAGCCCAGCUCAUACAACAACCGGAACACCGUCAGUGAUGCCGCUCGCUUUAAUGGGAAACAAGACGGACUUAGAUCACCUAAGACAGGUGCCGAUAAAGGAAGGCCAAGCUGUAAGCGCAGCACAUGGCGCAUCAUUCAGCGAAGCGAGCGUGGCUGACAAUUCUGGUGAUCUAUACCGUUGUGUCGACCGCUUACUCGCUGAAGUACGCACUCCACAGCGCACGAGAAAGUUUUCAGUAACAAAAAUGCUUGGAUCACUAAUAGGUGGUGCGGCGAAUAACAAUCCAACUACCCGUGGGUCAGUCGUAGCUUGCCCGAGAGUGCCUGCCCCGUCGCGGCCACCACUAGCAGCCGCUGCGCCCUGACCGGUAACGGAGCCAGCGCACCGAGCGCGCUGACGGCUUGCCGGUGCCGUGUGCCUAGUCUGCCUACCAGUGCCAUCGCGAUUCUCAUCACCACUGCCUACAAUUUAACUUUCCAACCUGAUAAGUGCCACGAAAUAACUGAUAUUGAAAAUGGUAUUUCUAACUUCAUGAUUUUUAAUGAUUCGUAGGCGAUUUUUACUAGGCAAUUUUAAUGUGCCCGCCAUGUUGCUGGAUACUAUGCACAGUAAUUGAAAACAUUAAUGUGUUGGUGCAUUUUCUUAGCUUUAAAUUUAAACACGUUGUUUAAUUCUAAUCGGAUAUUUGAUAUAUUAAAUGUAUGUAAAUAGUUAGGUUAAUUGAUUACAAGUGAAAAUAUAUAAUUAUAAUUUUGACUAUAAUCAUAAUAACUUGGAGUCGUCGUUAAAGUAAAGAUACCUGAUAAAGCUACGUGCCAAAGAUCUUAAAAUGUACGUAUAAGUAACCUACCAAAACAUAAACCUUACGAAAAUACUCUUAAAUGUAUUCAUAUUAUUCGCUCUUACAUGUGAGCUAUAUUUUAAAACUAAUUGAUCAAUAUAAUAUGUUUAUCAAU